UCAACAGUGUUUACUUCGUCAUUUCUCCUAAAUGUGCGCAAUUACAUGAAGAAAUAUAUAUUAGUUAAUGCUGCUUGUGUUUCACCAGUAUUAACAUUAAUUCGGGUAAUGCAUCACAGUUGCAGUUAGUAUGCCAAACGAAAAUCAUUCAGAAUGGCACUGGAUAUGCGUCAAAGGCAACGUCUCACCCAGGAGGCCAUGAGACGCUACUUGUCAGAAUGCAAACAAACGGAAGGCAAGGCUGACAUGGUAGUCAUUAUUUUUCAUGCCAAAGUUGCUCAAAAAUCUUACGGAACCGAAAAGAGAUUUUUCUGUCCGCCACCUUGUGUUUACCUAAGAGGCAAAGCUUGGUCCCUGGGACAGGAGCAGAUGCGGAAGAAUGGCGAAACCGAGCAGGCUUCACAAUUAUGUGCCUUCAUUGGUAUAAUAGGCAACGCAGAUCAGGAUGUGUUACAGCUCGACCUCAACAACGAGGAGCACUACUGUGCUGCCAAGACUCUCUUCAUAUCAGACUCGGAUAAGCGCAAGAACUUCAUGCUGUACAUAAAAAUGUUCCACGGCAAUGGCCACGACAUCGGCGUCUUCCUCAGUAAUCGCAUCAAGGUCAUUUCCAAGCCAUCCAAGAAAAAGCAAUCGCUGAAAAAUACCGAGCUCUGCAUUGCCAGUGGCACGACCAUUGCUCUGUUCAAUCGGUUGCGCUCGCAGACUGUAAGCACGCGUUACCUGCACGUUGACAACGAUCAUUUUCACGCAAGCUCCACGCAAUGGAGUACUUUCACCAUUUACCUUUUGGACGAUGACGAGAGCGAGACAGAAGACUUUGAAUCCCGAGACGGUUACAUUCAUUACAACAGCACAAUCAAACUCGUUUGCAAAGACACGGGGAUGGCACUGCCUAGGCUCAUCAUACGAAAGGUUGACAAAUCCAUGGCAAGCUUAGAAGCGGAUGAUCCGGUAUCGCAGCUGCACAAGUGCGCCCUGUACCUUAAAGACACGGAUCACAUGUACCUGUGUCUGUCACAGGACAAAAUUGUCCCGUUCAACGCGACGCCGUCACCCAAAGAGCCAAACAAAGACAUGAUAAACGACGGUGCCUGCUGGACGAUCAUAAGCACAGAGAGAGCUGAGUACUCUUUCUACGAGGGCAUGGGUCCAGUGCAAGCUCCGGUCACUCCUGUGCCCAGUGUUCAGUAUCUCAAUCCAAUGAGCAGUCUGGAGGUUGCCAUGCUUGAGCUCAAAGGAGACGAUUUUGCGCCAAACCUUCAGGUGUGGUUUGGAGAUAUCGAAGCCGAAACGUGGUACAGGACAGAGCAGAGUAUGGUAUGUGUAGUGCCUGAUAUAACAGCUUUCCAAGGUGAUUGGUCCUGGAUCAAACGAACCGCUGAAGUACCAGUUUCUUUGGUGCGUAACGACGGUAUCAUUUAUGCAACGGGACUUACUUUCAACUACAAUAUUGAGCUUGGACUUAGAAAGCGCGGAUACAUACGCGCUGCCCUUCCGCCACCUUUACCCACUGCAAUUGCCGAUUUGUCUUGGAUUCAACAGCAGCAGCAGCAACAACAACAACAACAACAACUCCAGCAGCAGCAGCAGCAGCAACAUCUCCAACAGCUUCCCCACCCAAUUCAACAUUUCCCCCUGUAAUCGAUAGGCCUCUCUUUCUUUUAAAUGUUUUUUUUUUUUUUUUUUCUGUUCAUAUAUUUAUGAAACUGAUCGCAAACGAAAGUUGUUGCCCUUAUCGUUAAUAUUGUGUGUAAGAUAAAACAUUACGAUCUCAGCAAAAGUUAGCUAUGUAAAAGAGAUGUGAUAUUUUUUUACGUUUAACUCUAGUUUCAACUCUAAACUUCAUAUUAUCUACAUUCACUACAUUCAAUGGAUUUCAUACUACUUUUCUGUCAUUUUUAAACUCAACUUAUUUAUUAAUCACUUUUAUGCACUAUUUUACUUUAUUCCUAUUAUUUAUAUUGAUGAUUUAGGUGAAGCACCUUGUGCCUUCAGAAUAAUUAAGUUAAAAUAAGUGUAUUCUACCUGCGUUAAGAGUUGCAUGUGACAUUUAUACAUCGCUCUUUGCAAAUAGUCGAUAAGGACUCAUUAGGUGGAUUAAAAUCAGUUUUUCUUUGUGAGGAAAUUGAUCAAUGUAAAUAUUUUUUAUUUCCUUGCAUAUUGCCAUGAUAAUCAUGCUAAAGUAUUGUACCAAGAAAAUAGCAAUGUACAAAGUCUACUCCAAAAAAAAAUCACCAUGAUUUAAAAUACAAAAACUAUUGUGCCAUGUAAGAAAAUUCAACUGUUAACACAAUAACACCAGUAAUAAGAUUAA